CGAAACGCCGAGACGGCGCCGCAACGCCACUUGCGUGCCAUGGCGAAGAAAGGCGGAAAUGAUGAGACGCUGCGAGAGGAGUUGAAGGUUCUAUUGCAGGCACAGACAGAAUGGACCGAGGAGGUGGAGCGGCUUUCGGAGCAACGGGACGUCAUGAUGCAGAAGGCCCAAGGCAGCGAAGCUGCGCUGGACAGCGAACGCCAGGCCAUCGACGACUUGGAGCGAGAGUGUCACAGCUUAGAGCUGCGCUGCUGCAAUGCCAAGGAGGAGGAAAGCGGUUCCGAAAGCUUGGCCGCGAACAUCUCUGCAGAGCUGCAGAAGAUUUCCAGCGCGCCGGCAAAAACGAAUGGCAAAGGGGGCAAGAGCGGAAAGGGAAAGGCGGCCAGUGGCCGGAUGUCUACGAAUGACAGCGAUGUCGUUCGCAUGCAGGAGGAGCUCAAUGAGCUGAGACGACAGGUGGAGCAGGAGCAGCAACGGCAAAACCAGGAGGAACAGCAGGAAGCAAAGGAGCGAGCCACUCGCGCACGAGUGGACGAGCAAUGCAUGUUGCUUCGAGCCCUUCUGGACAUGGUCACCGGGACGGGAAAGCUCUCAAAGACCAGCGCCGUUCAGCUGCUGCAACAGCUGUGGAAGAAAGGGCCAGAGAUCCCGGAGGAUCAUCCUGAUGCUUGGUCCUUGCUGGCGCAACAAGCCGAGCGCCACGGCGCGGCGCGACGAGAGCUAUUGGAGUGCUGCAAUCAGGAAUUGCGGCGGCGCCAGCGAAGCGCCUACGAACUCCUGGACGAGGAGUUUCUGCCACUGCUGCUGGGUGCCUUGAAAGGGGAAGGUAUCGUGGAGGCCUUUGAGCGGCCGGAUGCCGCCUGCGCCCAGAGGUUAUCCAGCGAACUGCUGAAGCGAUGAGGAACAAA